UACAUCCGCCGACCCAUGUGCACUGUAGUUUUGAGCGAUCUGAAGACUCUAAAUCCAUGCAUGGUUAUAUCGACUGCCACUGUCAUAUAUCCGCCGAGGAUUUUGACAGCGACAUCGACGAUGUCGUUGCGGAGUCUAAAAAGGCAGGGCUUGUUGCCCUUCUUGCUGUAGCAGAACAUGCUGGUGAAUUUGAGAAAAUUAUUCAGCUCUCACAAAGGUUCCCUGGAUUCAUUUUGCCAUGUCUUGGAGUUCAUCCCGUCCAAGAUUCGACACAACCCAGAGGUGCUGUACCUGAGGAUUUAGAUGCAGCUUUACCACUGAUCGACAAAUACAAAGAGCACAUUGUGGCUAUCGGUGAGGUUGGCUUGGAUUUCUCACCUCGAGUAGUCAACAGUGAUGCUGGGAAAGACGGUCAGAGAAAAGUGCUCAUUCGACAGGCUGAAAUCGCAAAACAGUUAAAUCUGCCUCUGAAUGUACACUCAAGAUCUGCUGGAAGACCAACCAUACAUCUUUUGAAGGAGUUGGGUGUAGAAAAUGCACUUCUUCAUGCAUUCGACGGAAAGCCUUCAGUUGCAUUGGAGGGCGUUAAAGCGGGUUAUUUUUUCUCAAUACCUCCAUCUAUUGUAAGAAGUGAUCAGAAGCAGAAACUGGUGAAACAGGUUCCUCUGGAGAGCAUGUGUUUAGAAACGGACUCUCCUGCGCUCGGACCUGAAAAACAGGUGAGGAAUGUACCGAGGAACAUCAGCAUUAGUGCCGAAUACAUCGCCAAAAUCAAAGGCAUCCCCUUGGAGAAAGUCAUAGAAGUCACUACCCAGAAUGCCCUGCACCUCUUCCCCAAAUUAAAAACAUUUAUCAAAGCUUGACAUUAAAAGUGCACCUCUGCUUGACUUUUUAAUAGA